AUGCCAGACGAUCUCAAUCCAAAGCGCAAAGCCUCCGACGCUGCUGUGUCUCCGCCGCCCGUCAAGCGCAAAGUCCAGAGCGGAACAACCAAGACUGCUAUAGCGAACUUCUUCACGCCGGCAUCGCAAAAGCCUAAAGACCCUACUGUUUGGUCCGAGCGAAGCCCCAACAACAACGACGAUAUCCCCGCGACUCUCCUUGUCGGCCGAUUCGAACCAGACAAGAAAGAAGAUCGAACCAUCAAGAGAAGGAGGAUAGCCGCCUUUGAUCUCGAUUCGACACUCAUAGCUACCUCCUCAGGCAAGAAGCAUGCCAGUAGCGGGACGGAUUGGAAAUGGUGGCACAAUUCAGUCCCCGACAAGCUCCGAGAGCUGUAUCAAGAUGGCUUCCGAGUUGUCAUUCUAUCGAACCAGGCGGGAUUGACUUUACACUUUGAUGCGAAAUACAAGGGUCCCAAAGGCAACGCGCAGAAACGUGUCACAGAGUUCAAACAAAAGUGCAGUGCCGUUCUGAAUAGUCUGAACCUUCCUACCUGCGUCUACGCGGCGACCGAGCACGAUAUAUAUCGAAAACCGAGAACAGGUAUGUGGAAGGAGGUAUGCGACGACUACGACCUCUCGGAGACCGACGUGGACCUGGAGAACAGCAUCUUUGUCGGCGAUGCAGGGGGUCGCACCGCAACCUUCAGUAGAGGCCCGGAGGGAACUCCGGCCACGGCCAAAGACUUUAGCUGUUCAGACAGGAACUUUGCUCACAACGUGGGGAUCAAGUACCGAACGCCGGAGGAGUUCUUUCUCGGAGACAAAGCUCGGAGUUUCGCUCGUGAAUUCGACUUGGCCGAGCAUCCCUUCCGCAACGAUGCUCAAUCGGGGCACUCCGUGGUGACAUUUGAGAGAACUAACGAUAAAGACAUGAUCUUGUUCUGUGGGCCACCCGGGGCUGGGAAGAGCACCUUCUACUGGAAAUCCCUCAAGCCUAUGGGAUACGAGCGAAUCAACCAGGACCUACUCAAGACCCGGGACAAGUGCGUGCAGGCAGCAGCCAAAUACCUGCAAGACGGAAAGUCUAUCGCAAUAGACAACACCAAUGCCGAUCCAGAAACCAGGACCGUUUGGGUAGAGCUUGCCAAGAAAUCCGGCAUCUCUAUCCGUUGUGUGUGGUUCAAAACUCCUCUCCAAGUGUGCGAACACAACAAUGCUGUGCGGGCGCUCAACGAAUCGCUGAACCCUGAGUCAAGAUCAGUCUUACCCAAGAUGGCAUUCACGGGUUUCGCAAGCAGGUUUAAACCACCACAGCUGAAGGAAGGAUUUCAAGACAUUACAGAGGUACAAUUUCAAUUCCGUGGUACAGAGGAUGAGUAUCAGAUUUGGGGUCGAUACUGGACUUGA